AUGUUGCUCGUCCCUUCCAAGAUGCUCGCCGACCGGGUGUGCUCGACGUACCAGACCGCGGGCACUGCUCCAGUGUCGUCUUCCUCGUUCUCCUCUUCAUCAUCACAACCGUCUGAAUUACCACCUGUGUCACCACUAUCGACGCCACAUUCCCUGCCGCCACUCUCCACAUGCACAAGCACCACCCCAAGUUCCUACAUCUCCUUCUCCCCCAACGAGCCAGAAUUCACCACCACACCACCACUAUCACCAGCCACACCAACAACCACCCCCCUCACCACCACCACCACCACCCCGCCACCCCGCCCACCCCGCCCACCCCUCAAACGAAUGCCGACACUACAGCAGUUACCGGGCGAAAUUGUCGAAGAUCACGACGACACACCAGCACUUCCCCCGCCGCCACCGCCGUCAUUAGCAUCCUCGUACUACUACUCCUCCUGCUCCUCGUCGUUGACAUCGUCUUCGGAGUCGCCAUCGUCGGCGGCGGCGUGGGUGCCGCUGCCGCUGCGCUUCAAGCGGACGAACACGCUGGUCAGCAGGGACAGCGAGAGCGCGCUCGCGCGGAUAUCGCAAGCCAGUCCACGGACGGCGGUGCGGAAGAGGGUGAAGAGUGUGGAUAAGGUGGUGAAGGGGGGUUAUGGCGGGGCGGACGGGUUGUGGAGUGUGAGCGAUGAUGGGGAGGAUGAGGAGGGAGAGGGAGAGGGAGGAGACGAGAACGGAGGGGAUGGCGGGGGGCUUGCGGCGGGGGUCAAGAGGAUCCUGGGGGCGCUGACGAAGAGGUGGUGGUGGAAGCAGCGUGACGAGGAGGAUGGUGAUGAUGAGGAGGAGGAGGUGGUGGUGGAAGAGUGUUGUAUUCACUCUGGUGCGGAGGCGCGGGUGGACAGGUUUCAGGAGUUGCAUUGUAGGGGGUGCUUGCGGAGGGAGAAGGGAUCUAAGUUCAAGCAAAGUGGAAACUGGGUUUGUUGA